GACCCAGACCAAAUAUAUCAACAACAACAACAACAAAUAUAAACAACGUUCCGUUUUUUUAAUCAAAAAUGUUUCAACCUCUUUGCCCACUACAUGUCGAGCUUAAAGAACCAAAGAAUGUUACAAAUAAAGAAUUUGUGCCACGAAGUGGUCAUAGGGUUGCUGUUGACGACAAGUACUUGUACUGCUGGGGAGGAUAUAACCCUGAAUUCUGGGAAGAAGAAAACACUGAAAAUACAGCCUAUCCUUUGCUCAAAGAGCUGUGGAGAUAUAAAAUUUGGACAGGAGAAUGGAAAUUACUAAAUACGCAUGGAGAAGUACCAUCAGAACUGGCAUCACAUAAUAUUAUAAAAUUACAGAACCAUUUGCUACAUUUUGGUGGGACUGGUGUCCCUUUUGGGAAUGCCAAUACAAACUGUGUGUAUGAUCUUGACCUUGACACUUUAGAAUGGAAGAUACUUUUAAAACCAAAGACAGAAGAUGCAGAAAACAGAAAUAUUCCAAGAGCUAAAUAUGGACAUUCUAUGACACAAGUUGGAAGUUGUAUAUAUAUUGUUGGUGGAACAUGUGGAUAUGUUUAUGAUUGUGAUGUACACAAACUAGAUCUCAGGUCACUUGUUUGGGAGGAGAUUCCUGCAAAAUCAAAAUAUCUUCCAGAACCAAGGUAUCGCCAUGAAGUUAUAUAUUACAAAGAGAAGUUACUCAUGUUUGGUGGUGGGGCAGGAGCUGGCUACUCGGCAUUUAGACUCAGCAAGGUAGAUGUAUUUGACCUAAAUGAACAGACAUGGGAAAAUGUGAUGACAGGUCCAAGUGAAAGAAAUUUUCAGCAAGCUUCAAUGGAAGAAUAUCCAGGAAGUAGACGAUGUCAUAGUUGUGUGAAAUUGAAAGAUGAUGUAUAUGUAGCUGGAGGAUUAGCACCAGAUGGUAUUCAGGGAGAUAUUUGGAGAUUUCACCUUCCCACAUACCAGUGGACAGCUUUAGAAGUGCCUUUUCCUAAACCAGUCUAUUUUCAUUCUGCAGCAGUAACAAAUGAUGGCUGUAUGUUUAUCCUUGGAGGUGUGAGCAGAAUUGACGAUACUAGAACAAAUGCGUUACAGAUCAUGUGGUUACAAGUACCUCAACUUAAACUUCUAGCCUGGAACACUGUUGCCCGAAGUCUGAAACUCAGUUUGUGUAAACAUCGGGGGGCAGUACAGCAUCAUGACUUAGGUGGCACCAGUGGUCCAGCGCUAGAGUUUAGUAUAGAUUCGGGUACUUGGUAA